GUCUCCUAGCAACGGGGUUGCAGCGACGUCACCGUGGCGGGUUCUUAGCGCUGAGACUAGGUGGAACCGGCAGAGCGCCUUCCAACCUCUGGGUCAGACGUGGUCCUCCACCUUGCGCAGCCAGUCCUGCCCGAUCUGGUCUCGAGCUGCCUUACGGGAGUUUUCGUCGGUGCGGCCCGCCGGCCCGGGCCUUGGCCCUGGCGGGACGAUGCUGGAGUCUAUUCGCGUAACGGAAAAGCUUCACUGGCCUGAACAUGAACUUGCUAAGAAGUUUGUUCUAAAUGCAGAAGAGGCAUUGAUCAUUGACAGCAAAAGAAGCUUUUCGAGUUUGUCCUCUGGAGUUCUCAAGGACACUUUCACAACUGGAACCAGUAGUUACAAUGUUCUACUACAGAGCAAGGAGGAGAAAAGGCGCCAUUCACAAAAGCGGUUUUCCUCUGCCUGCUCCAAACAACAUAGAAAGCCCAGCAAAUCUCCCAGUUCCUCUCAUAGCAAAGACCCUAGCAGGAUGACAGCCCUGGUGCCUGUGACAGGCGCAGGCGCUUGGUACUGCCUAGAUGGGCAGUCUGCUGUUUUUGUUACUAGCUCAGUACCAAGUCCUGUAAAGUUCACCCGUGAUAUCUCUGUUACAGGAAGCAGCCUAGCACUGCCACCUAAACCAAAAAGCAAGGUCAAACGACGCAGUCUGACCCGGCUUCCAAAGCCGAAGCAACAGCUUCAGCUCUGUAGAAGCUUUGAGAAGGGAGAGGACCUUUCUGGGAAAAAGCUUUGUAUAUUGACCGCUAUAAAGCCCAUCAACCUGGAGAAAGAAAAGCUGCGGUUCUUCAAGUCGGACUAUACUUACAACCCUCAGUUUGAGUAUGCCAAUCCCACUCUGCCAGGGGUGUUAGCCAAACACAGCAACGCCUCUGACCGGUUUCUUAAGCAGUCUGUCAAUAUUAUGGAGCUGACUUUACAGAAAUAUGGAAGUUACGAAAAAUUUGAACAAGCUACUGGUGGUAGCUUGUUGUCUAAAACUCGAAUCUGGAGUCACGUUAGAAAGUACAUGGUGAAGGAAGGCUGCCUGGGAGAGAUUGUAGUUCAUCUCACUGAAGACCUGCUUUCCAGGGCAUCCAUGACGGUAGUAAACGGAUGCCCGACUCUAACCAUCAAUAUUACUACUGCACGAGAGCACUGGCUGGAGGGCAUGCUGAGGCACGAGAUAGGCACACAUUACUUUCGGGGUAUUAACAACCUCCAGCAACCGUGGAACAGUUGGAUUGGCCGAAAAAAGCAUGAGCUAAAGCCAAACAAUCCUACGGAGGAAGGGCUGGCAAGCAUUCACAGUGUCCUGUUCAGAAAAGACCCCUUUCUGUGGAGGGCCGCUCUCCUGUACUACACGGUGUAUAAAGCCAGCCACAUGUCCUUCUCUGAACUCUUCAAAGACAUUGGCAAGUUUGUCAAGGACCCUAAUACAAGAUGGGAUUAUUGUGUAAGAGCCAAGAGAGGGUGGACCGACACUUCCGAGCCCGGGUGUUUCAGUAAAGACCAGGUAUACUUGGAUGGAAUCCUUCAAAUCCUUCGAUUCAGAGAGUCCAUAGACUUCCAUCUGCUGACGGCCCUGGGCAAGGUAUCUUAUGAAGAUGUGGAUCGCUUAAAAGAAUUGGCAGUUACUGAAAACAUGCGAGUCCCACAUUUCCUUCAUGAUCACAGCCGGUACAUGGAGCACUUAGAGAAGAUCAUGGAGGUGAAUGAGCUGACAGAUGCUGAGCUGAAAAACCUCAUCUAAGCAGCAGAGCCGGCUCUUCAUGGCUGUUAGCAGCUAGAGCACCCAGUACCUGCAGAACUAGAGGAGCUCGGCUGACCCCGCUUGCUGAAGACCAGCUCUCAGGAUCCAGCUGAAAUUCUAGGUUCCAUGUCGACCUGAAACUAUUUUCCUAGAACAUUUCUAUAGACUGCGGGUGGAAGUCACUUGUCUUUUCAUUCAGAUCUCUCCAGAGACAAAUGAAGACUCCGCUGCUGGUGACACCACGAUGAGCUGUGAACUUGGGCACCAAGGCCAGCUCUGGAUUGGAGGUGGCCAGUCUUACACUCUGCUGUAUAAACCCCAAGGUUCUGUUUCCUCUGCUAAACAGGGAGAGUUGUUCUUUGAAAUAGCCAUUUUGUAACACCAGAGAAGGCUAGCAAUAUCUAAGCUCUUAUUUUUCUUAUGUUAAGUAAUAUUAAAAGGCGAUU